AUGAGUGUUCCUGAAGUUUCCAAGCAAACUGCAUUAGAAUCCAGACCAUGGGAGCCGUCAGAUGGCACACUUCCUCAAGUAGAAUAUCUAGAUCAUGUGACUUCUUAUGAGGAAUUCUUUCAGAAUAUCUUACUAAGAAACCAGUUAUGCAUCAUUGGAUCAGAGGCCACAGCUGGCUGGACAUGUCGGAACAACUGGGUUCUCUCUGAUGGAAGUCCAAAUUUGGAUUACUUGCUGCAACAUUUUGGUGAGUCAGUGGCUCCAGUGGCAGACUGUCAGUCAGAACAGUUUUGUGCGCACCCAAAAACAGAGAUGACAGUCAAGGAAUAUUUAUCUUAUUGGCAAAGCUACAUAUCAGGUGAUCGCACCCGAAGUAGGAGAUGUCAGUACCUCAAAGACUGGCACUUUGUGAGAGAUUUCCCUGGCUACUCCGAGUAUCAGACACCGACAGUUCUGUGCUCUGAUUGGAUGAAUGAAUUCUGGGAUGUGUGGCAAGGUCAAGGGAACAAAGAUGACUACAGAUUUGUCUACAUGGGGCCCGCUGGUUCUUGGACCUCCUUUCAUGCUGAUGUCUUACACUCCUAUAGCUGGUCAGCCAAUAUCUGUGGUAGAAAACAGUGGAUUUUCUUCCCACCAGGAGCGGAGAACAGCUUGAAAGAUAAGCACGAUCAGUUAGUGUUUGACCUGCGGUCAGCUGAUCUCCAGGACUCGCAGAAAUAUCCCAAAGGCUCAGCAGCAGUUGAGGCUGGGAUCACAGUGGUUCAGAACCCAGGGGAGAUCAUAUUUGUGCCCAGUGGGUGGCAUCAUGAGGUUUUCAACUUGGAAGACACAAUCUCUAUCAAUCACAACUGGAUGAAUGGCUGCAGCGCUCACCUCAGCUGGAAUUACCUGAAGAACCGGUUGUUGGCCGUUGAGAAGGAGAUUGAGGACUGCAGGAGUAUGGAUGGGUGGCAUCAGCAGUGCCAGGUGUUGCUUAAAGCAGACAGUGGCCUAGAUUAUGUUGACUUCUACACUUUCAUGGUUUGUAUAGCAAGGCACAGGAUGAUAGUGCUGGACAAGUACAUACAGGCACAGAAUACAAUAGAUCCUCUCAAUGUUUCUGCUUCUUUCACUGUCUCAUCAUUACCGGCAAGUGACAGGCAGAGACACAGUGGAGACAGAAACAAUGAUGCAGGUGAGGAUGUAACUGACACCCACUCUUGUAUAUGUCCGGUGAAGUAUGAAGGUGUUGCAGGUGAGGAUGUAACUGACACCCACUCUUGUAUAUGUCCGGUGAUGUAUGAAGGUGAUGCAGGCAGUUGGAAGAGUUCCGGAUGUUGUCAUACAUGUAAUAACAGCAAGCAGACACCAGAGGAAGUUUCAGCUUUGGUGGACCAAUCUGCUUUAGAAGGUCAGCACUGCUUGACCACCAAUAGGAAGGAUCAGAGCUUUCACAACUUCAGCAUUCAACCGCAAGGAGAGACAUUAACUUAUAGUAGCAGAAAAAUUGAUAGUGUAGCUUGUGGUAGCAGAGAUAGUCCUGCAUUGGAUUCACAGCAUACAGACACCAAAGGCUUGUACAAGCUUGCCUCUGACAGAGUCAGCAGCACUUCUCAGAGUCACUCAGACAUCCAGACAUGCUGUUACCUGUGUUUGUUUAAAGGCACCUUGGUUGAUGCAGGUGAGAGGAUGUGUAAAAACAAUGGUAGUAGUGCCAGCCGCAGUGCAAGACUGGGGGAUGAUGCUUGCAACCAUCAAUGCUGCCCGCACUGGGCUCAUACAGGACCUAACCUGGCCUUGUUUGACCUCUGCCGUGUCCUAGAGAUUGUCCAGGACAUGCGGGACUGUGAAGAAUUCAAGAUCAUUAUGGCGGAGGGAGACAGGCAUGAGAAGAUCUUGGUUCCUCCUGCACAACUGGUUGUUCAGAUUGAAAGCACAAUCAGACAGAUGAAACAAGAAAGUCCGGUUACAGCAUGA